UAUCAGAUGCCAUCUGCAGAGUAUGUCCGAUGUUUACACGCGACAGGAUCACAAGUGAUACUAGUAGUAGUAGUACCCAGAGUACGUAUGUUAUAUUAUAUAUGAUAUGCGUGCUCUGGUGAUAGCUAACAUUACUCCAAACUCCGAAGUACGUCGAUGAGUCUAGGCACUGAGCAGUGAGAAGUAGGGGUGUAUAGUGCAGUUCCAAUAAAAUAAAAACGCGUUAGCCCACACAACCAGCUGCAAUGGCAGGCAUCAGGAAUCCUUUGACGAUGUCAGCGGAAACUGUGUCUAAAUAUUUAGACAUGAGAGAAUUAAUCGACGUCGUGGAGAGGAGCUUAGGCGACCUGUCCGACAAAGAGUCGUCAGGUAUAGAACAACCAGUAAGAACUUUUGUGCCGGUGAAAAAAUACCAAAGCCUCCUUGGGGUAAUGCCAGGGUACAGUGCAAAAGACGAUGCACUGGCAACAAAGCUGGUGUCAGUUUGCCCACAGAAUGCAGGGACGGACAUUCCUACACACCUGGCAACAAUCUUACUGUUUGAACCAUCCAACGGAUGUCUAAAAGCUAUAAUGGAUGGAGAGGUAAUCACAACGAUGCGGACUGCUGCAGCCUCAGCAGCUGCAACCAAGUAUUUGGCAAGAGAUGAUUCGAAAAUACUGGCUAUUAUUGGUGCGGGGCAUCAGGCAAGAAGUCAUAUACAGGCAUUAUCUCUACUAUAUGACUUUACAGAGGUUAGAAUUUGGAGCAGAACAAAGGCAACGGCUACUGCUCUUGCACAUGAGUUUGGGGCACGAGUGUGUGAAAGUGCAGAGGAGGCUGUUAAAGAUGCUGAUAUUAUUUGCACUGUCACCUUCUCGGCAACACCAGUUCUGCAGGGAGAGUGGGUUAAAGCAGGCGCACAUGUCAACGCUGUGGGGGCAUGUAUAGCCAGCUCUCGCGAGCUAUCAGAAUCCCUCACCAGAGAUGCCAUCGUCUAUGUCGAUAGCAGAGAGGGAGCACUGAAGGAAUCUGGUGACAUUAUCAUAAACAAGGCAGAGAUAUAUGCUGAAGUGGGAGAAGUCAUCCUUGGAAGGAAAGAGGCAUUUAAACACAAAACAACAGUUUUCAUAUCACUGGGUGUUGCUAUAGAAGAUGUUGUCUCAGCCAAGUUGGUUUAUGACAAGUAUGUAGCCAGCCAAGGGAUGCAGUGAGGUUUCAGAAUUCCGGCACUUCCCACAAUGAACCAGAGUCCAGGUUUCAUAAAAACCGUCGAAAGCUCGCAUACUUUUUGCACUACCAUAGUUUCUAUUGCUGUGCUCUUAUACUCAAUCACGGGAGAAUUUGUGAGUAGAGAAGGUUUAGCAGAACCACUAAUUGUUAUCUUUAUAUUGAUCUUGAUUUAAAUACAGUGUCGACCUCGGUUUAGUUUUCACACUGUCUAAUAUCACUUGCUAUCAAUGCUGUGCGCCACUGUUUGUGCUGCUUUUACGAAGUAUUGCGAAUCCAGUUUUCACCUGCAUGCAGUGAAGGUAGCAGACUGAGAGCGUUUUUUAUUCACCUUUAAUUAUGCAAUAGCUAUUAAACUGUAAUGCCCUCAAAUUCUAUUCCUCUUGAGCUAUAAUGCUAAUUAUAUUAUCUCAUCAUGUAGUAAUGAGUAAUAAUGGUUCAUUAGUGGUUUGGUGAGUUCGUUACUUAUUCAACGUUGUGUUUAUAAUAAAUGAUUAUCAUUCUAAAAAUAAUAUUCUAGUUAGGCUCAAUACAUUUCGGCAGUUAUCACAAUAAUUAAUGCCAUGGUAUUUUACCAGCCAAGGCGAUGACUGCAUUAUGUUAGUCGGUUUUAUUGUUACGUAAAGUAAACCUGUGAUGUGAUUAAAGGUACUAAGGUACACUGGGUGCUAGCAAAAGCCAUAUAAUUAUUUCUAUGAUUGUUUAAAAAAUAUGAUGACGAUA